AUGUCCCGCCCCUCGCGCUUCUGGGCCCCCGCGCCCCCACCCGCGACCAAGCUCGGCCGCCAUCGCCGCCUCGCGCCCCUCGCCGGCAUCCACGUCUCGCCCAUCUGCCUCGGCGCUAUGAGCAUCGGCGACCAGUGGGGCCAGUACGGCAUGGGCGAGAUGGACAAAGACCGCAGCUUCCGCCUGCUGGACGCGUUCUACGCCGCGGGCGGCAACUUUGUUGACACUGCGAACGCGUACCAGGACGAGACGUCCGAGCGCUUCCUCGGCGAGUGGAUGGCCGCGCGCGGCGUGCGCGAUCAGAUGGUCAUUGCAACGAAGUAUUCGACGAACUACAAGCGCGCGGCGGACCUCCCGCAAAAGUCGACGUACGUCGGCAAUAACAUGAAGUCGCUCUACCUCUCCGUCGAGGCCUCGCUCUCGAAGCUGCAGACGGACUACAUCGACAUUCUCUACUUGCACUGGUGGGAUUGGGAAUGCAGCAUCGAGGAGGUCAUGAACGGCCUGCACCACCUCAUCGCACAGAGGAAGGUGCUCUACCUAGGAGUCUCCGACACGCCCGCGUGGGUGGUCUCAAAAGCCAACACGUACGCGCGCCUCACGGGCAAGACGCCCUUCGUGCAUGACUUUGAGCGCGAAUUCAUUCCUAUGGCGCGCGAGGAAGGGAUGGCGCUCGCGCCGUGGAACGUCCUUGCGGCAGGCAGGAUCCGUACCGAUGAAGAGGAGGAGCGGCGGCGUGAGACGGGCGAGCUGGGCCGCAGGACUGCCUCAAACGAGUGGGAGCGCACUCCCGAUCAGAGAAGGGUGUGCCAGGCGCUGGAGAAGGUCGCCCAGGAGGUGGGCGCGCCGAGCAUCACGUCCGGUUGGCGAUCGCCGUACGUGUUCCCAAUCGUCAGCGGACGCAAGGUCGAGCACCUGAUGGACAACAUUGCCGCGCUGGACAUCGCGCUGAGCCCCGCGCAGAUCGCGCACCUCGAGGAUGUGCUCCCGUUUGACGUCGGCUUCCCUACCUCGAUGAUUGGGGACGGCUCGGAGUUCAUCGCCAUGUACAAAGCGUCGGGCCAAUUUGACAGGUGGCCGACCCAGCAUGCGAUCCGCCCGGCGGAGUAG